UUGUCAACCCGAAGCCCCAAGGUCAACGACGACUCCGCACCUCCCUCUUUCCGGCUACCAACAGCUGGCUGAUCACAAGGGUUGCUCUCUCGCAGCAAAAUCUGCAUAAUCACGGGUUCGUGACUCACUGAGAAUCAUCUUUGAUUGUCCGCCCUCGCAAGCCGAGAACCGAUUUCCGCAGCCCAUCUACGUUGCCCGCUGCUUUUGGUGUAAAAAAAUGUCCACGCCGGAGCCUAUGCAACGGUUGUUUCAACACAUUGAUGCCAACAAGGAAAAGUUCAUCAAGAACCUGAGCGAUGCGGUCGCAAUCAAAAGCGUGUCCGCCUGGGCUGAGACGCGCCCUGAGAUUUUCAAAAUGAUGGAGUGGGCAAAGGUCAGGUUGGAGGCUCUCGGCGCCACGGCCACUUUGAGAGACGUCGGCGAACAGGUGAUGCCUGAUGGAACCAAACUGAAGUUGCCCCCCGUUUUGCUGGGCGAGCUUGGAAACGACCCGAAGAAGCAGAAAUUGUGCGUCUACGGCCACUUGGACGUCCAGCCUGCUCUUAAGGAGGACGGUUGGGAUACAGAGCCUUUUGUCUUGACUGAGAAGGAUGGCAAAUUGUAUGGUCGAGGCUCAACUGAUGACAAGGCGCCGGUUUUGGGAUGGUUGCACGCCAUCGAGAGCUACCAAGCACUCGGAAUCGAAGUUCCAGUCAAUCUGAAGUUUGUCUUUGAGGGCAUGGAGGAGAGUGGCAGUGAAGGCUUGGAUGACCUUCUGUAUGCCGAGAAGGACAAAUUCCUGAAUGACGUUGACUUUGUCUGCAUUUCUGACAACUACUGGCUUGGCAAGACCAAACCGUGCAUCACCUACGGUCUCCGAGGAAUUUGCUAUUUUCACAUCGACAUUUCCUGCGCCGCCAAAGAUCUGCACAGCGGUGUCUUCGGUGGAACUGUUAAUGAGGGAAUGGCCGAUUUGAUUUAUCUGAUGAACACUCUAUUGGACAAGGACGGAAACAUCCUCGUUCCUGGCAUCAUGGAGGACAUUCCUCCUGUCACUGCCGAAGAGGAGGAAACUUACAGGAAUAUCGAUUUCGACGUCAACGAGUACAGAAAGGACGUUGGCUGCACCAAACUGCUGAGAAAUGAGGACAAGAUCCAGCUUUUGAUGCACCGUUGGCGCUUCCCCUCGUUGUCCCUGCACGGAAUUCAAGGUGCCUUCAGCGAGCCUGGCUCAAAGACUGUCAUCCCGGCCAAGAUUGUCGGCAAAUUCUCUGUCAGGAUCGUGCCAAACCAAACUCCUGAGAAGCUGGAGAAACUGGUCGUGUCCUAUCUGAACUCCAAGUGGGCCGAGAGAGGCUCGUCCAACACCAUGAAGGUUGAAAUGGGACAUGGCGGACGCCCGUGGACUGCAGACCCCAACCACCCCAACUAUGUUGCUGGAAGGAAUGCCACCAAAAUGGUCUACGGAGUCGACCCUGAUUUGACCAGAGAGGGUGGUUCCAUCCCUGUCACUCUCACUCUGCAGGAGGCCACUGGAAAAAAUGUGAUGCUGCUGCCCAUGGGAGCUGCUGAUGAUGGUGCUCACUCUCAAAAUGAGAAGAUCGAUAUCAGGAACUAUAUCGAAGGAACAAAGCUGCUGGGCGCAUAUCUCUACGAGUUGUCCAAACUUGAAAAAUAAAAUUUAUGAAGUGAAAAAGACCAACUGCAUGAACUCCAAAAAAAAUAUAAUUGAAACAUUAAAAAGACGCAUAGGACUUACAAUAUACCCCAAAUAUUAUGAACUUUUGUUAUUUACGUUUAUGGUUAUAUGAGCAACUAAAAAUCCAAAAUAAAGGAUUGAUAUUUUCAUACUUCUGCA